AUGGUAUCGCCGGUCACGUUUCCGUAUACUCGACCAAGCGAGAAUUCCAUCACAAAGGACAAGGCGCUGAAGCCCCUUCGCCCGCCGCCACUGAAUCUCAAAACUGAAAAGAAAUAUCAGUUGCCAAGGAUCAAAGCCGUCCGCGGUAGCGUAUCCGGGGUUGACGAGGGGACAGAAGUACCGUUAAUGAUCGAGCUGGCGGCUCAUAGGCCAACCGCACCUAACGCUUUGGGAGGCAAGUCUUACGAGUGGAUCAACAUGGAUGUAUCUAAGAGCCGACCGUGGGAGGGCGACGGGGAACGUCCAGUAUCCCCUCCUCGAUCUCUCCGCACUAUUAUUGACCUGGACUCACCACUGGCUUCUGACGACGAAUCCGACAUUUCUCCCAUCUCCGACGAGCGACCAGCAGAUCACUCGAGUAAGGUAUUGGCUCGGUUCUUCCCUGAACUCCAGAGCAAUUUCGCUGUGAUGGCCCCUGAAGGUCUAGAUACGACUUCAAAGCCGACUUCAAAGCCGAAGACCGGUCGCUCACGAGUUGAAAAUGAGAUUCAGGCGCGGGUGAAGAGCCUUUAUCACAACUCGGGUGAUAACCUUGGUCAAGUUUUGGGUUCUAACACCCCGUCCGAUGAGAACUAUUUAAAUAGACCCGAAUCGUCAGACUAUAGCCGACAGACUUCGAUGGCGAGCUUCGGAGAUGGGGCAUUUCAACGGAAAAACAAGUAUCGAAUGACCACAGACUCCUCAAGUUACUCUCCCGUUCAGGCGGGGGUUUUCGAUGAGACGCCACGAACGUCCAAAAGAAUGAGCAGCGCCAGGCCAGCACCGACCCGAUUAAACACGAUAAGCUCCAAGAGUUCCAGUUCGAAUCUACGGGAUAUGAGGAACAAGCCACUCCCCCUUGCACCUCUCAUUGAGCCAAUUUCUACCGACUCGCAUCAUGAUCAUCAACAACCGUCCGCCCCCCACCAUCAUUCUUCAUCACAGUGCACAGACUGCACGCCCCAGCACCACAAUGUUCCCCACUCAGCGUACGCAAGUCGCAAUCGUCAACCCCACCGAUGCCAAACAUGCGGACAUCGCGACAAUCGUCAUCGUCGAGGUAGCCUCAACUCGCCAGAGUACCGCCAAAAUCCACGAAAUCACCAACGCCAUGUGUCAACCUGGCAGCAAGCUGCAGACGAGAUGGAAAUUGAGUUAAGUUUGGAUGGUAUGAAGAGGCGGUUGGUGUUGGAAGGCCCACUCCAAAUCAGUCGCAAUAAUGGCGAGUUGGUAGCGGCGCGGCCCGCACCCCUGCCUCCAUCCCUGAAACCUUACUCCGAAUCGACGAAGAAGGCGACUCGAACUGGUAGCGUCAAUUCACGACGGGAUGUUUCCGGGUCGAGUAAAAAGGGCCACAAAUAUAGUCGAUCAAAGGACUCUACCGACUCCAACAAAGCCAAAACUUCCAAGCCUAAGGAUGAGUCGAAGAGUCGCUGGGGCGGAAAUUCCAGAUCCAAUGAGGGCACAAAGGGAGAUCUUCUCAAAUUAAAAAAGUCUUUCUCAAUCUCCAGGGCAACGUUCACACGGAAGCAGAAUCCGACACGGUCGGACCAGCACCGGCUGAGCACGUUGAGCUCACGGUCGGAGACUUCAGUGGACCCACAGGCCGAUCAUGCCAGCCCGACUGACAAAACACGCUUGUCUCUUCACCUUUCGCAAUCAGAUCCUAACCUUGAAAAGGUCCUGGAUGAGAACGACCCGUUAUGUCAUAACCGGGACGAUCUCCUCCUUCAAUUACCACGCCUACAAACAGACAAUUUCGGCUUCAAGACCUUGCUCGACCAGUUUGCUCCUGAUACGCAGACUGCCUUGGACAACCCCGCAAACUCCAAAUCUUCCUCCCUACAGACUGACAGCCUGGGCUUCACAAGCGUAUACGAACAACUUGUUCCUGCACAGCGGUCACUUGUGACCAAUCAAGUGCAGUCCCCUUGGCUCGACGAUACCAGAGAUGCCAAGGAAGUCAUCCCAUCAUUUACCAUUCGUCGACCGCUUGUUGUAAGAGAUGAAAAGAUGGUUGUAACAACCAAUAGGAUGCGCCAGUCUGCUUUCAUUUCCACUGCCAAAGCAAGCAGUGUGUAUUUCCCGCCCGAGGAGGUUUAUGAACUUGCCGCGGGGCCAACAUCCCCAGAAUCCAUGAUGCCGAAAAGAUCUGCUACCGCUGCUCAGUUCCAGGUGACCUUUCCCUUGACUGAGGUCGUGGACUCGAUUGUUGAGAUGAUUAUGGAGCGAAUCACAUCCCUUGAUGACCUUUUUAAUUUUGUCCUGGUAAACAAGCGCUUCUAUCGCGUGUUCAAGAAUCGUGAGCUGCCGAUCAUUAAAAGUGCGCUAUAUCAAAUGUCACGACCUGCAUGGGAGCUGCGUGAAAUGAGCCCUCCAUGGACCACUGAAUGGCAACACGUCUUGGACCCGGAUUCCCAGGUACCUGAAUACACGCCGUCUCUGUACCUGGAUCGUUAUGCUCAAGAUAUCUAUACCUUGGCUCAACUCAAGUCCAUGAUUCUCAUGCGGUGCGCCCCGUUCAUGCGCCGCGAUACUGUGCGUGGCUUGGCUGGAUUAGACGAACAGCGCGCCGAGGAGGUUGAUAAUGCAUUUUGGCGGAUCUGGACAUUUUGUCGCAUCUUUGGUAGCGGCAAAGGUCGCGAAAACGACCUUGAAGGUCAGGUAGAUUGGCUAAGAGGAGGAGUAAAGGCCCGGAAAGCCCAGGGCUCAUCAUCUUCUAUGACCGAGCCUUUUGGUAUCAACAACGUUUUGUUCGAACCACCUGAGGGAUUCGCUCACGGCAACUACAGCGGCCUCACACCAACGGAGCUGUAUGAUAUGACUGAGAUCUGGACUUGCCUUGGAGUUUUGGUCCAGCCCCUUCAUGCAAAGUGCAUUGAGGCCCGCAAUGUCGGUAUUUUCAGAGGCAUCGAUGUACCCGAGGAUGACCCGGUCCGUGAGGAGACCGUUCUUGAGGAAUGGACAUCCUAUGUUCUCACCCUUGGUUUGUCCGCAGUUCUGAUGGUCAGCUCACUCAACCCCUCGGAAACUACGGCUAUCACCUUUGAACGGGCGAAUGCGGUCGGCCUGACCAAGUGGGAAAUGACAGAAGGUCAGAACACCCGAUCUUCGUUCAUGAAGGAAGCCGUAUCACGCGUUUACGACGACCGAGAACGAUAUUCUUUCAGUCUGCCUUCUGGCUCAGCCGAUAGUCCAUGCGAACUGCCCUCGAACGAGGUGACAACCCGCGAAGAAGAUAGCGAGCGUCGGCAGGUGUUUUCCCAAGAAAUUCGAGUUCAGCGUCGCGAAGGAAGGAACCAGUCCCACGGGGGUGACUCUUUCGCAAGGGAGCGACCCAUGUCUACAUACAGCACCAUUCUGCACAGCCUCGGAGGUAGCAUCGGAAGAAUUGUCAACGGAGCGCCCUCUGUACCACCAGUACCUCCCCUUAUGUUCGAUCGGUCAUCCACCUCGACCGGAAGCCGAAGCCCUCCUCCCCCCGGAACACCAAACUAUGCUCCAGGAACUCCCCAGCAUGCACCGGGCACUCCCACCCACACCCCGAACUACAUGCUUGGUACCCCAGGCCAGAUACCCACAUCAGAACCUAAGACACCUCUCCUCCGCAGUCCCCCACUCUCGGGCUCUUUCAUGCCAGCCCCUCUCCAACUCCAACCCCAAGUCCAAGACCCUGUCGACCGAGCCAUCUCUCGCAUGGUGAAUGAACUUGGUUUCUUCGAAGACGAUGUUAAGUGGGCACUGAAAAUCACCGACACCGGUGAAGGAAUUAACGUCCAGGCUGCUGAGCAGCUUCUACAACAACAAAAGAAGAAGUCCGAUCGUAUUCCGUUCGUGACUCGUGGGCGGAAUAAUAACGGGAAGAAUCCAUUGCUCAUGUCGGUCAUGAAGCAGCAGGGUACUCAGGAAUCGGGUUGGCGAUGGGCCUAA